GAGCUUCUUCUUCGUCGUCAUCUUUAAACCAUCACCAUUCAGCUUUGAAGCGCAGCGCCAUCAAUAUGGCUACUUCAAAGCAGUCCAUGUUUCGCUCAGCGGACAUGAGCAUGGUGCAAUUAUACAUAUCCAACGAAAUUGGCCGCGAAUGUGUUAACGCGUUGGGAGAACUUGGACUGGUCCAAUUUCGUGAUCUCAACAGCGAUGUUAGCGCAUUUCAACGUACCUUUACCCAGGAAAUUCGAAGACUGGAUAAUGUCGAAAGACAACUUCGUUACUUCUAUGCCCAGAUGGAAAAAUCGAAUAUACCAUUACGAAGGCUAGAUCUCGAUGUCGAAACCCUUGCUCCCCCUACCACUACCGAGAUCGACGAGCUUUCCGAACGAACCCAGAGCCUCGAGCAACGCAUUUUUCAACUCAAUGACAGUUACGAGACAUUGAAGAAGCGCGAGGUUGAAUUGACUGAGUGGCGAUGGGUUCUUCGCGAGGCCGGUGGCUUUUUUGAUCGCGCCCACGGAAACGUUGAGGAGAUUCGAGCUUCGACCGAGGACGACGAUGCUCCUUUACUCCAAGACGUGGAACACAACAAUCAUGCCGGUGAUGUUGAGCGUUCUCUAUCUGGUGUGAACAUUGGCUUCGUCGCUGGUGUCAUUGACCGUGAUCGCGUCGCAGCGUUCGAGCGUAUCCUCUGGAGAACUCUGCGCGGUAAUCUUUACAUGAACCAGUCUGAGAUUCCCGAGCCUUUGAUUAACCCAAGCAACAACGACGCCAUCAACAAGAACGUGUUCGUUAUUUUCGCUCACGGAAAAGAGAUCCUGGCCAAGAUUCGAAAGAUUUCGGAGUCAAUGGGCGCGGAUAUUUACAGUGUUGAUGAGAACACGGAUCUUCGUCGCGACCAGAUGCAUGAAGUUAAUGCCCGUCUCAACGAUGUCCAGAAUGUCCUGCACAACACCCAGCAGACCCUCGAGGCUGAGCUGACCCAGAUCGCUCAAUCCCUCGCCGCGUGGAUGAUCCUCAUCACGAAGGAGAAGGCAGCCUACCAAACCCUCAAUCUCUUCUCAUUCGACCGACAGAGGCGUACUCUGAUCGCCGAAGGCUGGUGUCCUACGAAUGAUCUACCUCUUAUUCGGUCUACACUCCAGGAUGUGACCAACCGAGCAGGCUUGUCCGUUCCCUCCAUUAUCAAUGAGAUCAGAACCAACAAGACUCCUCCGACCUACUUGAAGACCAACAAAUUCACAGAGGCCUUCCAAACUAUCAUCAACGCUUAUGGUACGGCGACGUACCAGGAGAUCAACCCUGCCCUACCGGCCAUCGUUACCUUCCCGUUCUUGUUCGCCGUCAUGUUCGGAGAUUUCGGUCACGCGACCAUCAUGUUUGCUGGCUCCUUGGCCAUGAUCUACUGGGAGAAGCCCCUAAAGAAGGUCACCUUUGAACUUUUCGCCAUGAUUUACUAUGGACGAUAUAUUGCCUUGGUCAUGGCUGUAUUUUCGCUCUACACCGGUCUCAUAUAUAACGACGUCUUCUCCAAGACCUUCACCUUUUUCGACAGUGCUUGGGAAUGGGACGUACCUGAAGGAUGGCAACAGGGCCAACCCCUAGUGGCUAAGCUCAAGGGCGACACCCGAUAUCCGUUCGGUCUCGAUUGGUUCUGGCACGGUACGGAUAAUAAUUUACUCUUUACCAACAGUUACAAGAUGAAGAUGUCCAUCAUUCUCGGUUGGGCGCACAUGACCUACUCGCUCUGCCUAUCCUACUUGAACGCGAGACACUUCAAGAAGCCGAUUGAUAUAUGGGGCAACUUCAUUCCUGGCAUGAUCUUCUUCCAGUCCAUCUUUGGUUAUCUUGUUAUCUGCAUCAUUUACAAGUGGUCCGUAGAUUGGUACGCCAUCGGAGAACAGCCCCCUGGACUUUUGAACAUGUUGAUCUACAUGUUUUUGCAGCCUACCAACCUGGACAUACCUCUUUACCGAGGCCAGAAAGGUGUCCAGAUCACAUUGUUGCUCCUCGCCUUCGCCCAGGUUCCCAUUCUGUUAUUCUUAAAGCCAUUCUACCUGCGAUGGGAGAACAACAAGGCUCGCGCUAAGGGCUAUCGCGGAAUAGGUGAGCCGUCUAGGGUCUCGGCACUUGAUGAUGAUGAAGGCGAUGGCCAUGUGGCGGGUAACGGUAAUGGUCGCCAUAGUGUGGACUCGGACGAUGGUGAGGGUGUUGCUAUGAUCGCGCACGGUGACGAUGAUGAACACGAGGAAUUCGAGUUCAGUGAGGUCAUGAUUCACCAAGUCAUUCAUACCAUUGAAUUCUGCUUGAACUGUGUCUCGCACACGGCAUCCUACUUACGUCUCUGGGCCUUGUCGCUUGCUCAUCAACAGCUCAGCGUUGUGCUUUGGGACAUGACUCUCGGUCCUUCCCUCGCCAGGCCUGGCGUUGUCGGCGUUAUCAUGGUCGUUGUCGCCUUUUACCUGUGGUUUUUCCUCUCCUGCGCUAUUCUCAUUUGUAUGGAAGGCUGCAGUGCCAUGUUGCACUCUCUUCGCCUCCAAUGGGUCGAGGCGCAGUCCAAGUACGCCGAGUUCGCGGGUAGCAUGUUUACCCCGUUCUCAUUCAUCACGUUACUGGAGGAGGACGACGGGUUAGCUGAGUUUAAGGGUUAAUCAAGUAUUGAGUAAGGCAGUAAAGUGUGUAUGUGUUAUUAAGUGGUAUGGGAAACAAGGCUGAGAGAAACAGAAAAUAGAAACCAGAAAACAGAAACAGAGUGUGAAAAGAAGGGGGUGAUGGGAGAGAGAGAGAGUGUGUGUGUGUGUGUAUGAUCAUCAGUCAAACAAAACAUUGUAUUAUGCGUACGCGGAUUGAAUCAAUUAAACUACG